AUGGCGAUUCCUGUUUCAUGGGAGUUAAAAUUAAGAGAUAAUUUGCCUUGCAGCUAUAACUUUUUAAACAUUCUUCAGGUUUAUGACUGGAUGAACAACAGAGCAGAGAGAUUUAGACUAUCUACCAGUGACACAGCGAUUCAAUUAGAUCUAAUUGCCAAAGUUCAUGGAAUUUUAAAUGCUGAAGAUUACUUCCUGAAGCUUCCAGAUACAUUAAAAGACAAGAGAACAUAUGGGGCUCUUCUAAAUGCCUAUGUCCAGGCUAAAAUGAGAGAGAAGGCUGAACCUUUGCUUAAGAAAAUGAGAGAUAGAGGCUACGCCAUGCACACGCUUCCAUUCAAUGUCAUGAUGACUCUUUACAUGAAUCUUAAAGAGUACGACAAAGUUGACUCUGUGGUUUCUGAGAUGAGGGAGAAAAAUAUACCUUUAGAUAUAUACUCUUUUAACAUCUGGUUAUCAUCUUGUGGGGCUCAAGGAUCUGUGGAAAAGAUGGAACAGGUGUUCGAACAGAUGAAGCUGGAGAGAACCAUAAAUGCUAACUGGACUACAUUCAGCACAAUGGCUACAAUGUAUAUUAAACUGGGGCAAUUGGAAAAAGCUGAAGACUGUCUAAAGAAGGUUGAAUACAGAAUCACAGGCCGGGAUAGAAUUCCGUAUCAUUAUCUUGUUAGUCUAUAUAGUAGUGUUGGUAACAAGGAGGAGGUGUAUCGCGUGUGGAACACUUACAAAUCAGUUUUUCCAAGUAUUCCAAAUUUGGGUUACCAUACUAUGAUCUCUUCUUUGGUUCGGCUGGGUGAUAUUGAUGGUGCAGAACAGCUUUACGAGGAAUGGCUGUCAGUUAAGUCAACUUAUGAUCCUAGAAUAGUAAAUAUUCUCAUGGGUUGGUAUGUUAGACAAGGGAUUUUGGAGAAAGCUAAGGUUUUGUUUGAUCAAAUGGUUGAAGCAGGAGGAAAGGCAAAUUCGAGAACGUGGGAGAUACUUGCAGAAGGGCACACCAGUGAGAAGAGGAUUUCUGAGGUGUUGUCUUGCCUGAAGGAGGCUGUUUUGGCUGAUGGAACAAAGAGCUGGAAACCAAAGCCGGUUAAUGUGUCUUCCAUUCUCAAGCUUUGUGAACAGGAAGAUGAUAUGACAAGCAAGGAUGUUUUGGUGGGGGUUUUGAGGGAAGCCGGGUGUUUUGAAGAUGAAGUUUAUAUGUCAUAUAUCCCUUUAACCGAUGGGGUGGCUACUACUGCUGAGGAAUUGCCAAUGGAGAAAGGUAGAACUGAUAAUGAGGAUAGUGAUGGUGAUGGAGCUGAAAUGGUUCUCAAUCAACUACAAGGAAGCUUGUAAUGAUUUAUUUACUUCUUUCUACAUGUUAAGGAUCUUAUCUAUCGAGUGAGAGGUGAAGGGGAUUUCUCAUUUUAUUUGGGUCCCUCUGUUCCCAAAAGAGAGUUUAUUACCUUUUCAUGGCAUUCAUCAAGUGCUGCUAAAGGUAGCCUAGAGUCUGAAAUUCAGAAUUUGUUUCAGGGUCUUACCUUUCAAUUCAUGUGCCUAUUGCUAAGCGAGCCUCCAGAGAGGACUAUUGCAUUUGGACAUGUGAGUGACCCCUUUCUACUUUGCUUCUGUUGUAGGGUUUUUUUGUAAAUCUGUUAUGUCAUCUUUUGUGGCUUAUGGACCAAUACAUAGAAGCUUCUCUUGUUUAGCUUCGCAGAUAGAAAUGAUAAAUUUCGUUUCAGGUUGGGGGCCUCAACCCAUACAGAGUGUCACUAUAAUAUUUAUGGGAUUUAUUAGUGAGAUUUGUCUGAGAUUCAAUCAUGAAGCAUUGCCCUUGUUUGUAUGUAAAUCUCGAGCUUACUAAUCAUUUUUAAUUGAAACGUUCUCUCCUUUUUCCUUA